AUGCUACGCAAAAAAGAAAUCUACACAAGCACAACCCCCAUCCCCCCAUCCGUCCCGCGCCAACUAGCCCUCGACAUCCUCCACAGCCACAGCGAAAUCAUCACGCUCAACCCUCUCGUCCUUGCGCACCACCCCGUGAAAGCACCGCGCAGCGCCCCAGCAGACGAGUUCUACUCCACCUGGUACGAGAUCACCCAGCGCGUCCAGUACGUCCCGGGGAUGGGCAGGGUGGGGUCCGGGAAGAUCAGCUUCAAGGGCUGUUUCCAGGACGAGGACUGGGGACUAGCAACGCAUGUAUAUGCGCCUCUGGGUGUUGAUUUGCGGAAUCGGUACCGGAUUGAGAAUUCCCCAGGUAAAGGUCAGGAUGGGGAGGGGUUGUUGUUAUGCGUGGAUACAGAGCUUGAGUGUAAUAUCACGCUGAUGUCCACGGUGAAGGGCCAGCAAAGUGCCGCGUCCAAGGCGCUUAUUGAUCGAUUCGUGAAAAAGGCUGAGCUGGUUGACGCGGGUGUUUUGCAGGCGAGUGUGAAGGAGGAUGGUAAAUUGAGGACGUUUAACCCGGCUGAUCGGAGCUUGCAGCCAUCGUCGCCGCUGUAUUCGGGUUCGGGCUCUGGGGAUAUGUCGCGGUGGUCAUCGUAUCAGAUGCCGGACUCGCCAAUGGCGCAUUCGCAGGCUGGGUCGGUAUCGUCCCAUGUGAACUCGCAGAGGUCAGAGCCUAGUCGGACCUUUGCUGCGGAGCUGCCGGCCGAACCUGUCUACCAACCCUAUAGACCGGGGUCUGGUGGUGGCAAUGCCAUGCAACUGCCAGAUACCUCCUCUUUGUUGCAUCCUCCAGUUGGACAUUCUGCUGAAUUACCAGCAGAGACGAAGCCGGGUAGAUGGGGCUAG